AAAUAGUAUAAGGGCUAAUUUAAUAAUUUAAAAAUUAAAAAUAAAUGAAAAUUAAAAAACAAAAAAUUAUUUUUCCUUUUCUUCUUUUCUUCUUUCUCAUUUCGUCUUUGUUCUUUUUCUUCGAUGGCAGUCACCAACACCAGCUUUCCGGUGGCAAGCUCCAACCGCAGCCGACGAGACACUAGAUUCCUGAAACUUCGAACGACGAGACCCUAGAACCUCUCCCUCUCCCUAUCUCAGUCACCAAAGUACCCAGAAUCCCAAAUCUCCGAAACCACAUCUCAACCGUCAGAGAUACUCCACCGUUGACCGCAACCCAGAUGCCCAAGAUGAACCACCGUUGAUAGCAACCCAAACGCCUAGAAUCCCAACGCCUAGAAUCCCAGUCGUUCUCUUCUCCUCUCGAGUCUCGGUGUUGCUAAUCCCUUUCUUGUCUUCUCUGUGUCUUUUCUUCGCCGGAAUCACUCUGCAUAGUCCUCCUUGUCUUCCUCUUCCUUCACAAUCCUCAAUUCUCGAUCUUCCCAGCAGGUGAAAGUGACUCAUUUUUCCAAAAAGCCUAGCCUAACUCACAGUCUCAAUAUGGCUUUUCUCUUUCGAAAAUUUCAAGAGUUUGUGAAAACUCUUGCGAAAAAUCCAACAUUUGCUAGGGACCCAAGGAAGCUGCAAUAUGAUUCAGACAUAAAUAGACUGUUCCUUUACACCAGCUACAAUCGUUUGGGAAAGAAUGCUGAGGAGGCAGAUGUAGAGGAGAUCAUAGACAUGGCUAGUAAAGCCCUUUUUUCUGAUCAAGAGAAGCUAGUCCAAGAAAAUGUUCAUUCUCAAAUUAAAAGCUUCUGCAUGUAUAUGGAUGAAAUUCUUCUAAAUAUUGAGAAGAAAAAGGAGCCAAAUGGUCUUAGUUUUUCUACUGAUAUGGAUAACUCUCCAUCUAAUCAUCAGGAUGUAUCUGAAACGAGGCCAUUAAGACGAGCUGAAGUUUCUCAGACACUCAAAGAUCUUAUGGGCUACACACUUGAGAUUAAACCCUCUCAAUUACCUUACAAGGAAGCAGGGCAAGGUUUAUUCUUAGAUGGUGAAGCUGAAGUUGGUGCUGUGGUUGCCAUCUACCCCGGUGUAAUCUACUCACCUGCUUGUUAUCGCUACAUUCCUGGAUACCCAACAGCUCAUGAAACCAACCCACAUUUGAUCACAAGGUAUGAUGGGAAUGUGAUCAAUGCUCAACCUUGGGGUUUGGGGGAUGAAACCCGUGAGGUGUGGGAUGCCUCGACUGUUUCAAAAGUCGGUAUCAAUAUACAGGGUGAUGAGAAACAAGUGAAUAAUGGCAGUGAUGUUAUCGAGCGAAGAAAUCCAUUAGCUUUUGCUCAUUAUGCCAACCACCCUGCCAAGGGUGUGGCCCCAAACAUUAUGGUUUGCCCUUAUGACUUCCCAUUGACGGAUAAGGACAUGCGAGUUUAUAUACCGAAUGUUGCAUUUAGGAAUUUAGAAGACUCAAAGUUGAAGGGGUUAGGCAGUUCUUGGUUCAAAAAUGGGAGCUUUAGGAAUGCCGGAUCCGAGGUGCCUCUUUUGAAGACAUUAGUGUUGGUGUCUACACGAGCUCUCUGCAACGAAGAGUUACUAUUGAACUACAGGUGGAGCAACUUGGAGCAUCAACCUGAAUGGUAUACUCCAGUUGAUGAAGAGGAAGAUACAAUUAGAUGAAGCUAAAUUUUGGAAGUAUGGCAUUGUUUGGCCCUUACAGCAUUGUCUCUUUGAAAGAAAAAUAUUUACCAGUUUUGAAGGCUCAAAACUCCCAAUAUUGUUGGAGCAUAAUUUUUUCACAAAUAGUCAGAUGUGUACCUUGUGAUUGAUUACUUGAAUAAAAUAAAUAGAAACGCGGCUAUUGUUUAGAGAAUGCAUUCAAUGAAAGAUAAAAUAUUUUCAGACUUUC